UCAUUAUGUCAACAUGACAGUGACAGUUCAUAUGCACCUAUGCGGUUUAUGCACUCUCGAACAGUCUUCAAGUUAUGGCAUCCAACAUUCGACUAUUUGGAAAUAUCUUCAAAAACUCAAUUAUAACAGCGAGAUGUCGACAUCAAACUCUGACUCCAUCUCGCCUACGUUUGGUCAAGUUCUCUUCUACCAACAAGGAUUUCGAUAGCAUAACACUAGAUCCAGCUUCUUAUGAUAAAGUUUGCACUGAAACCUUAGAUUCACUGUGUUAUUAUUUUGAAGAAAUCACCGAAGGAGCUACGAAUCUAGGAGCUACUGAUGUAACAUAUGGAGAUGGAGUGUUAACAGUUUGCUUAGGCGAUGAACAUGGAACUUAUGUGAUUAAUAGGCAAUCUCCAAAUAAACAAAUUUGGCUUAGUUCUCCUACUAGUGGACCUAAAAGAUAUGAUUUUGUUGGACCACAUAAGGACAAGGGCAAAUGGAUAUAUAAACACACCGGAGAAACAUUGCAUGAUCUUUUGCAAAAGGAAAUAAAAACUAUAAUUACGGAAGACGUAGAUUUCUCUAAGUUGCCUUAUAGUAAAUGAAAUAUUGAAUCUUUAGAAAUAUUGUUUGUUUCGACAUUAAUUUGUAAUUAAAUUAGGUAAAUCAAAAAAGUUGUUUUU